UUUGAAAUGGACUCGGGGUGUGGGGUAACAGUAGUGAACCACUCUGUGUACAAAACCUUAUGGGGGAAGGAGGUGCCAGAGCUACGCUCCUGUAGAGUGAGGCUUAAAACAUAUACGGGACAUAAAGUAAAUGUUGUGGGAGCAGCAGUGGUUAAAGUACAGCAGUGGUAGUGGUGGCAGGUUCAGGCCCUAGUCUAGUAGGCAGGUACUGGAUUAGGAGGCUAGGUUUACAGUGGAAACCAGAACCCCAGAUCCACCAUGUUCGGACAGAGACCCCAGAGAAGGCACAGAGGAGACCAGAGCCACAGAUACUCCAGGUUAAAGACGAGACCUUGGGGGAGAUGCUGGGGGAGUUUGGGGAGGUUUUCAAAGACGAAGUAGGGAGAUUCAGAGGCCCCCCAGCAAGAAUAUAUGUGGACAAGGAAGCAACCCCCAGGUUUUUUAAAGCCAGACCCGUCCCAUACGCCAUGAGAGGGAGAGUUGAGGCUGAACUCGACCGUCUCCUUGCUGAGAAGAUAAUUGAACCAGUAAAAUAUGCUGAGUGGGCAGCGCCGGUGGUCCCUGUGUUGAAGCCAGAUGACACAUUAAGGCUAUGCGGAGACUACAAACUGACAGUGAACCAGAUCUCAAAACUGGAGCAGUAUCCAAUCCCCAGAAUUGAGGACCUGUUUGCCAUUCUUUCAGGUGGACAAAAAUUUACAAAGUUAGAUCUGAGUCAUGCCUACCACCAGAUUCCAUUGGAUGAGGAAGCAAAAAAGUAUGUAACUGUAAAUACACACAAAGGAUUGUUCACAUACAGAGUGCUACCUUUUGGCGUUUCAUCAUGUCCGGCUAUUUUCCAACGUACCAUGGAAGGACUACUGCAGGGCAUCCCUCGUGUGGACAUCUUCCUGGAUGACAUCCUGCUGACGGGAAAAGACGACAAAGAGCACCUAAAGACUCUGACUAUGGUGCUGAAACGGCUACAGGAGGCCGGUCUACGGCUCAAGAGUACCAAGUGUGUGUUCAUGAGUGAGGAAGUGAUAUUUUUGGGUCACAAAGUGGAUGCAACAGGACUGCACCCAGUGCAUGAGAAGGUGGAAGCAAUCAGAGAGGCACCAUCACCUUCAAAUGUGACAGAGUUGAAGGCAUAUCUGGGACUGUUAAACUAUUACAACAAGUUCCUACCAAAUCUGUCUACUGUCCUUGCUCCGGUGCACAAACUGCUACAAAAAGACACAAAGUGGCAGUGGGGAGAUGCACAACUAGCAGCCUUUGAAAAAUCUAAAGAACUCAUGCAGUCAGCUCAGGUGCUUGUGCAUUACGAUCCAGAGAAGGACAUUGUGCUGUCAUGUGAUGCGUCACCAUAUGGGGUAGGUGCCGUACUGUCACACCACAUGCCAGAUGGAACUGAAAGACCCAUAGGUUUCACCUCACAAACACUAAACACAGCAGAAAAAAACUACUCACAACUGGAUAAGGAAGGGCUCGCUGUGAUGUUUGGAAUACAACGCUUCCACAAAUACAUUUAUGGACGGAAAUUCACUAUAGUGACAGAUCACAAGCCCUUGUUGUCACUUUUCAAUGAGAUGAAAGCAGUACCACAAAUGGCCUCGCCCAGGAUCCAAAGGUGGGCUGUAACACUGAGAGCCUACGAAUACACAAUAGUGUAUAAGGAAGGAAAACAUCACAGCAAUGCAGACGCUUUCAGCCGCCUUCCUUUGCCAGAUACACCAAAAGUGGAGACGUCGGAAGAGAGGGUUCUCAUGCUGGAGAGCUCUGACAUCACGCUUGUGACAUCUGAUCAAGUGGAAGCAUGGACAGACAAAGAUCCAGUACUGUCGAGAGUGAGAGAAAUGGUUCGCGACGGCUGGUCAGCAAAAGAAAAAGGGGAGGAGUUUGCCCCUUAUGAGGUGAGGAAACUUGAACUUAGUAUUCAAAAUGGCUGUGUAAUGUGGGGGUCGAGAGUGGUUGUGCCAAAACCAGGCCAAGGAAGUGUCAUGAGACAACUUUGGUGGCCGAAGCUGGACAAAGACGUGGAGGAUACAGUAAAGGCCUGUACAACAUGUCAGGAGCAUCGCAACGUCCCGGCACCAGCUCCGUUACACCCCUGGGAUUGGCCCGACAAGCCCUGGAGUCGUAUUCACGUGGAUUAUGCCGGACCGUUCAUGGGAAAAAUGUUUUUUGUGCUCAUAGAUGCACAUUCAAAAUGGAUGGACGUGUAUCCGGUGAACUCUGCCACUUCAGCCAACACAAUUGAGUGCCUGCGUACCAGUUUCAGGAACCAUGGACUACCUGAGUUGUUGGUGUCUGAUAAUGGCACUUGUUUCAUCAGCAGAGAGUUCAACGUGUAUCUAAGUAAAAAUGGAAUCCGGCAUGUGACCUCUGCACCCUACCAUGCCUCCAGUAACGGGUUAGCAGAGAGAGGGGUACAAACAUUUAAGAGAAUGAUGAAAAAAUGUCCAGAAGGCACAAAGUUGAGUUCAAAGUAGUCCAGGGGGUUUUGCCAAGUUUCAUUUAUACAGAGGAGGUCAAGUUGCUUGUCGGUGAUAAAUUCGUUGAGAAUGAGGCUUUUAUUGUUGAGGGAUCUUGUGUUGAAGACAGACUGAGGCCAUCCUAUAAUAGCAGAAACAAAUGAUUCUUCAGAUGUUAUAACUCAACAGUGUGAACCCAUAAUGGCACAUUGAGCAACACUCCCAAGGCUGUGUGGAUAGCUCAGUGAAUGGUGACUAGACAGAUAGGAGAGGUUAUGUGUCAAGCUUUUUUGUAAACAAUUCAUUCUUCCGCUUUGCCAGUUACUGGAUAACCCCUAUUCAGCCACAUAAAGAGUGGCUGAAUAGGUAUUAGGUGGUGUUCAUUCAGUCAGCCAUCUCAUGUGUUUUCUGUCACCAUGGAAACACUAUAUUAAUCAUUGCCUUAUUCUCCAAACUCGGGUACGGGUAGUGAAAGUUGCUUAUCUUCUGAAAGCACCCGGCCAUUACCAAACAAUCGUUCAUACAACCCGUUUCCUGUUCAAUUAAAUCAUAAGCAUAUAUAGUAAGAUAGAAUACAAUUCAACAUAUUUGUAUAUAAUACUUGACAUUGCCUGUUAUUGGUACCUAUUCAAUUGUAUGCAUAAAACACAACAAGAGAUAACAACAAGUUAUCUGUAGCCCAGUAGUAGGACAGUUCUAAAUAUUCAUAAUUGUCUAGAUUAGAGUGUUAUAAGGAUCUGUCUGGAACACACCUAAUGGUCCAUUUGUAUAUCCACCAAGCCCUAUUCUGCAAUUUGCUAAGUUCAUAACAUUUUUCUACAAACGAAGGAGAUAUGUCAUAUGAGAUGAGAAAAGUUUUACAUGUCACGACAAUCUUUAUUCAGGCCACAAAGUUUUGUUUCUGAAAGUUUUGUUUCUGAUUUAUAAAAAGUAUAUAAAGCUAAUAUCUAAUAAUAACAUUAGCCCUAAUAACACUAUAAUAGGUUUCAUCUGCUCCAAAUUGCUGGGCAAGUGUACCAUAAGCACUUAUCCUUACUGUGACCAGCCAGAUUCACCAAUGCUCAUAACCAAAUGUCGAUGCUUGGGUUUCAAAACUCGAUCUGCGUGACGGAGGGCAGAAAAGGAAUAGGCAUCCUGUUAUUUUGUAGCUAGCCUUUUCAAAGGAAUCAGAAAGCAAAUGACUUUCAUCUACAGCAGGUUAAAUGAAACACUUUUGAAAGUAAGGGAAUAAACAUUUUGCAGAACCAUCUGUCAGAAGGGCCAUGGGGAACGAGCUACAAAAUGUAACUCUUUAGUGGUCCAAGGAUGAAAAAAAUCCAUGCUGAUAUGUAUGUAGUCUUCUCUUUUGAUUUGGUCUCGAACAGCAACUUUUUUCCAUUAAUUCUGGGUUUCAGCAUUUUUUUCAACAUGGUCUUGAAGUAAAAUGUGCAUUCAACAAAGUUGGAUGUAAUUUACUUGAACAAAGCUUAGAUUAUGCAUUUUGACUCCAAACACAGAGGCCGAUUCACAGCCUUAUGUCUUUUGUUGCGUUUUCUCAAAGAAAGUUGUCCAAUCCCGGGUUGCUUUAAACUCACUUCAUUUAUUGUAAGUCGUCGACAUGUUUCGGCAUGGUAACUGAAGCUAUACGGAGGGAAUUGUAGCUAAAGAGUGGAACACGUGUGAGAGAUAAUAACUCUGGCUACUACGGGACAUGGGCAAAGGCCCAUGUCCCCUCGCGGGUGUCGCUGCAAAUCUCUGAUCUAUGGGCCACGGGCAGAGGCCCGUGACCCUGCGCGCGUGUGGUUAUUAAUCUCUGGUCUCUUCACACUGGGUGCACAGGUAAGAGGCCGCCAAGUGGGCGUGGCCGGGGUGACGUAAUGACUUCGGCUUCUUCGUAUAUAUAAAAGUGCUGCUAUCUGUGGCUGGAGCAGCCUCCAAUAAGGUAUUGCUCCCCUUGUGGCUAUGUAUAGUAUUUACGGCUUAUAUGUUUGG